AUGGGUAUCGUCAACUCGAACAUUAGCAGCCUCGGUCUCGAGGUCCCCGGGAUCGUCAUCCAAAGAGGACGCAACGUCAGAGACCUUGUUCCCGGUGACAGAGUCUUCAUUUCGAUUGGGGGCUGUUUUUCCACCGGCAUUAUAGUUUCGGAGAAGUUGUGCAUCAAGAUAUCAGACUACAUCGCCUUCCAAGAUGCUGCUACCAUGCCAGAACGGAUACUCAACCUUCGCAACGCCUCUUUUCCCGAGGAUAUCGAGAGGCUGACUGGCGGUCGGGUUGUGGACAUUGUGCUCAACUCUUUGAGCGGAGAGCUGCUACAUGCUUCUUGGAGCUGCGUGUUGGAAUUUGGUAAGAUGAUUGAGAUUGGAAUACGUGACCUCUUUGGCAAUAGCAGGCUCGCACUCAAUGUCUUUGAGCUGAGCCGGAGCUAUCCCGGCGUGGAUCUCGGACAUCUGAUCGAACCCAAGCCAAGAGAAGGAAACAGCUCCAUCUCCGGCAUGUACGGGAACAGAGGACAAGCCAACUAUGCGGCUGCAAACACGUUCCUCGAAGCCUUCCUCCAGUAUCGCCGGAGUCUUGGCUCGAAGGCCGGCGUCAUAGAUGUUGGCGCCAUAAUCGGCUCGGGCUAUCUCGCCGACAGCCCAGUUUUGAUGGAGAGACUCAUGGGUCAAGGAAUAUGCGACAUGAAGAUCCUUCAAAUUCCGGACGCCCUUACGGUUAUCUUCAAAGCACCCGAUUCUGGCAUCCAAUAUUCGACUGCAACAAGUUUUGUUAAGAACGCUCAGCUCGUGCUCAGGUUCGAAGUCUUGCAUCUUUGA